CGGCGGGGGCGCGUCGGGACUGAAGCCGGAGCGCGCCGGGCGCAGGGCGCAGCGAGCGGGAGCGCGGCGGCCGCGGGCUCCGCGGAGGGACCGACUCACCGAUCGCGGGAGGGACAGACACACGAGCACGUCGUGCCGCCGCUCCCCGCCCCCACCCACUGGCGCCCACGCCUUUCCCGGGCCGCCACCUCUGCAUGGUACAAACUUUCCUCCCGGGACCGAACACACUGUCUCAGGGAGCCCGCACCCGCGCCUUCUCAGCUAGUCCGGAACGCUGCUGAGAUGGGUUGCGGAUUGAACAAGUUAGAGAAACGUGAUGACAAACGGCCUGGAAAUAUCUAUUCGACUCUGAAGAGGCCUCAGGUCGAAACCAAGAUAGAUGUGUCCUAUGAAUAUCGCUUCCUGGAGUUCACCACCCUGAGUGCAGCGGAGCUCCCACGAUCUCCAGCAGUGAGGCUGUCUUCCCUGCGAGACCUGCCUAACCAGCUCCUAGAACUAUACCAGCAAGGCUUCUUGCUGGUGGCCCUGCACCCUUUCGUGCAACCAACCCACGAGCAGAAGACACCCCUUGAGCACAUGUUCAGGGCCAUCCUAAUCAAGAAAACGGAAAGAUCUCAGAAAACUGAUCUUCACAACGAAGGCUACACCUUGGAAUUAGACUGCUGUUCCUCCUUAGUUCACCUGACGGACAAACAAAUCAUCCCAGAGUUCAUUAAGAAGAUCCAGGAGGCUGCGAGUAGAGGCCUGAAAUUUGUCGGUGUCAUACCUCAGUACCACUGCCCCGUGAACUCAGCAGGCAGCAGUCCCCUGGUGGAUACCAGAGAUGUGAGACAGGAGCCUGGCAGGGAUGGGGACCACGAAAACCCCGGCGCUCCAAAAGGAGUAGACGGAAGCCCAGAGCCAAGCCAGGGCCCAAGAGGAGAGCCACCCACUGCCGAGCAACACAGCUUGCCCUUGGAAGAAGGAAACAGUGCAGAAUUCUCACCCCUCGGGGUGAGCAAGACUGUGGAUGGACCGGAUGGUGACCCAUCAGAAACGCAUGAGAAACCACUCUCGGGAAAAAUGGAGAUCUUCGCCCUUUUCAACAAACCCAAGAGCCAUCAGGAGUGCCGGCAAUACUACCCCGUCACCAUUCCUCUUCGGGUCUCCACGAACGGCCAGACGGUGAGCGGUUUGGAUGCCAACUGGCUGGAGCACAUGAGCGACCACUUCCGGAAAGGAGGCGUGCUGGUGAACGCAGUCUUCUACCUCGGCCUGGUCCAUGAUUCCUUACAUGGUUUGACAGAUGGAGUAUUCAUCUUUGAAGCUGUUUCCACAGAAGAUAGCAAAACCACGCAGGGCUAUGAUGCUAUUGUUGUCGAACAAUGGACGGUCCUGGAAGGUGUCGAGGUGCAGACAGACUACGUGCCCCUGCUGAACUCCCUGGCAGCCUAUGGCUGGCAGCUCACCUGUGUGCUACCAACUCCUGUCGUCAAGACUAACAGGGAGGGCAGUGUAUCCACCAAGCAGAUUGUCUUUCUUCAGAGACCGUGUCUACCUCAGAAAAUCAAGAAGAAGGAAUCAAAGUUUCAGUGGCGAUUCUCCCGGGAAGACAUGCACAGCAGGCAGAUGAGGAAAUCCAAAGGUAAACUCAGUGCCAGAGACAAGCGACAAGCAGAAGAAAAUGAGAAGAAUUUAGAAGAACAGUUUUCUAAAGCUGGAGAUGUGGGAAACUGUGUGCUGAGCCGGCAGCAAGAGGUGGGAGCCUCCGAGGAGAUGAAGGUCCCCUUCCAGGAGGUCACGGGAGAACAGCUGUGUCCUGACAGCCGGCUCUGUGUGGAGGGGGCCGCCAUGCAGAACGGUCCUGCUGGCCACUGCAGGGCUCCAGCGGGGGGCUGCGAGGGGCAGUCGGGUCCUGGAGAGGAUGCCAGGGAGGGAGGCGCUGAGGAAGUGGCUGCAGAGCCCCUGACAGCAGAAGACAACUGAGUCGCGGGCGGUUGGAGCGGAAACCCUACGAGUUGGCCAGCCCGAGGCACUGUGCUGGCAGCCGGGUCGGGGACUGAUUUGCCCUGGUGUCCUGUGUUACCCUUUGGUUUGGUUUGACCUCUCCUUGUGAGCUCUCCCAGGCCCUGCAAGGGCUGGCUGGCUCCCUGACAGUGUUGGUUUCUGCAUAUCUGUUUGAAACGUGUCGUAAUGCUCCAGUGUUAGAAUGCAAGAGAUCAAGUUAUUUCUUCUAGACUCGGGGCUGGAGGCCCAGCCCUGGCUCCGUCACUCCUCAGUGGGAGGGUCUGGACCAUCCAGUGCCUGUGUCCACCCCCCAGGGCCUCCAGGGAGCAUCCGGGUCAAGUCCAUGGGCCUCCCUGGCUCCAAACCAAGGCUGUGUGUUGUUCAUUCCCACACCCUUCCGGGGCAGUGUCCGUCCCUCGCUGUUUUCUGCAGCUACUUGGUGAUUGUAACAAUCCCUGGAGCCCUGUCAGCUGCUCUUCUCUCCCUAAACCCCCCAGACCCUGAUGCUUUGGCAAAGAAAAUCACAUUAGAGGAAGGGAGGUGCCCCACCUCCUGGCUUUUCUCAAAGUAUUCCCAUAGAUACUGGAAAUCUGGAAAUGAAGAGGUAAUUCUGUUUGUGCACCUGCUCUUGCAGAAUGUCCAAGAAAGUAUUCUGUGUUAGUAUUAAUGCCAAAAAAAAGUUUUGAAGGUUUUGUACUCAGCACACCACGUGAACACAUGUUCUUUCUGUCAUUUCAGGGCAACCCGACUGGUGGGGUGUCCUUGUUAUGUGCUAUUUUUAAUCAGUGUAUCAUUGGCCAAGUUGUUUCUCAUGUAUGCUACCACGUGUUUAUAUCGUCCAGAAAGUAUUGUUAAGGCUUUAAGUAGAUGCAACUGGCAAACCUUGGAGAGAGGAUGCCGAGUGUCUUGACCAAAACAACCUGUCUCUUCUUUCUUGUUUAAUUACUUAAAGCAAUAAAUCAUCUAUGAGU